AUGAGCUCUAUUGAUGAGAAGCCUCUUUCAUGGUUCAUCAGACUGAUUCAUGAUACUUGCAUUCAUUUGAAUAAAUCUAUGUUGUUGCUCCUCUGCUUAUUCCACUCUAAUUCUACAAUGAGCUCUAUUGAUGAGAAGCCUCUUUCAUGGUUCAUCAGACUGAUUCAUGAUACUUGCAUUCAUUUGAAUAAAUCUAUGUUGCUCCUCUGCUUAUUCCACUCUAAUUCUACAAUGAGCUCUAUUGAUGAGAAGCCUCUUUCAUGGUUCAUCAGACUGAUUCAUGAUACUUGCAUUCAUUUGAAUAAAUCUAUGUUGCUCCUCUGCUUAUUCCACUCUAAUUCUACAAUGAGCUCUAUUGAUGAGAAGCCUCUUUCAUGGUUCAUCAGACUGAUUCAUGAUACUUGCAUUCAUUUGAAUAAAUCUAUGUUGCUCCUCUGCUUAUUCCACUCUAAUUCUACAAUGAGCUCUAUUGAUGAGAAGCCUCUUUCAUGGUUCAUCAGACUGAUUCAUGAUACUUGCAUUCAUUUGAAUAAAUCUAUGUUGCUCCUCUGCUUAUUCCACUCUAAUUCUACAAUGAGCUCUAUUGAUGAGAAGCCUCUUUCAUGGUUCAUCAGACUGAUUCAUGAUACUUGCAUUCAUUUGAAUAAAUCUAUGUUGCUCCUCUGCUUAUUCCACUCUAAUUCUACAAUGAGCUCUAUUGAUGAGAAGCCUCUUUCAUGGUUCAUCAGACUGAUUCAUGAUACUUGCAUUCAUUUGAAUAAAUCUAUGUUGCUCCUCUGCUUAUUCCACUCUAAUUCUACAAUGAGCUCUAUUGAUGAGAAGCCUCUUUCAUGGUUCAUCAGACUGAUUCAUGAUACUUGCAUUCAUUUGAAUAAAUCUAUGUUGCUCCUCUGCUUAUUCCACUCUAAUUCUACAAUGAGCUCUAUUGAUGAGAAGCCUCUUUCAUGGUUCAUCAGACUGAUUCAUGAUACUUGCAUUCAUUUGAAUAAAUCUAUGUUGCUCCUCUGCUUAUUCCACUCUAAUUCUACAAUGAGCUCUAUUGAUGAGAAGCCUCUUUCAUCAGACUGA